GCGGACCGACAUUCUGUAAUAGAAGAGGAAGAAGCUCAACUCAGAGUUGAGGCUCGCGCAGGCUAUACUCUAUAAUACCAUUUUGUAUCUCAUGUUAUUUAACAGUCUGCAAUCAAGUUUGUUUAGGUAAAUAUACACCGCUAGCUAGCUAGUAAACACUGUCAAAUAUGCGACCGUUUUUUCUGUUGGGGUUUCUGUUGUCGAACAUCACUGCGACGGCGGCGAUUGAGCCUAUCAGUACCAGCAUAGCGGUUGGUAUGGCUGCGGCUCUCACCGGCUUCCUCGCAACCUACCAGAACGUGUUUUACUAUUUUCACGAAUGUUGUAGACCAGAGUGGAUCUCCUUCAACAGAACAGGUUUGGAAGUGGCCCUAGAUCGGAAGCUGUUUGGUCAACAUGUUGCCUCCAGAGUCAUCCAGAAAGCUGUAACGGGAUUCAUGAACAAUAAAAAUCCUAAAAAGCCCCUGGUGCUCUCUCUACAUGGCUGGACUGGCACAGGGAAGAACUUCGUCAGCCAGUUGAUAGCUGAAAACCUCUACAAGGAGGGCAUGGCCAGCAGUUUCAUCCAUCAGUUUGUUUCUACAGCUCACUUCCCUCAUCUGAGUCAGAUUGAGAACUAUAAGUCUCAGCUGCAGCAGUGGGUCAAAGGCAACGUCACCAACUGCCCACGUUCCAUGUUCAUCUUUGACGAGAUGGACAAGAUGCACCCUGGCCUGAUCGACUGUAUAAAGCCAUACUUGGAUUACUACGAAAAUCUGGACGGGGUCUCCUACCGGCAAGCCAUCUUCAUCUUCCUCAGCAACGCUGGAGGAGAGCACAUCACGCAGGUGGCCCUGGACUUCUGGAAAGAAGGUCGAGACCGAGAGGAGAUACAAUUGCAAGACUUAGAACCAGCUCUCUCCCUGUCCGUGUUCAACAACAAGAAGAGUGGGUUGUGGCACACCAGUCUGAUAGACAAGAACCUAGUUGACUUCUUUGUCCCCUUCCUGCCUCUGGAGUACAGACACGUGCUGCUGUGUGGCAUGGCAGAGAUGUCCGCCAAGGGCCUGGAGCCUGACCAGAACGUGGUUGACCAGAUGGCCAGAGACUUGGUCUAUUUCCCCAAGAGUGAGAAGAUCUUCUCCGGCAAGGGCUGCAAGACCAUCGGUGGCAAGCUAGAUUACUACACGUAGUGCAUGUUUGAGAUCGACUAUGUUGCUGCCUGCGGCUGCGGACUGACUGAUCUAAUCAUAAUGAGUAGUAAUUAGGAUGGUUUGUAGGUCUGAUCAGUUUGUCUGCAGUUGUUGACCGCAAUGUAGACGAUCUCAGAGGGAACAGCUACUUCGUCUGUCUACCAUCUACUCUACUGUGUGCACUUUCUUAAUGAGAACAUCUCCGCCAGUCGGAGUGAGGAAGUCAGUGACUGAACUCGGAGGAUGAUGACCUGCCCAUCAGGUCUCCCAACUUCAACACAACCAUGUGGAGGACAUAAUUGCGCUCUUUCUGGUGUCAUUUCUCCCUGAAGAUGGACUACUGAGAGAGAGGAGGGCAAAUUUUAAAAGGAGAGAGAAAAAACACUGAGGGGAAACGCAAUUUUUAACCAAUCAAGGUGCUUGAUCCUGACAUAUUCUGUGAAUGAAUAUCUCCAAAUAAUGAUUUCCUUUUUCAUGGAAUUCUGCUGCACAUGAACUAUGGCAAGUGAAAAUGAGUUGUGUAUUAGAAACAAAUGUGGUUUAAAGUUACAAUCUCUAAAUCAUUUUUUCAGCCAAAAGGCAUCCCUGACACGUGGUUUGUUUUCAAUCUGAGGGGUGCUGGGGCCGGACAAAUGUCACCACUCUCCAAACGACAGAUGGAUUCAAGGACUCGCAGUCUGAGAUCAACGUGAUGAUUAUAUUCUUCAAGAAACAAUGGGUAUAUAUUGUUACUCUAAAUAAGAAUUGGACGGCUGUAACUAUUUCCGCUUGCCCCUUUAAUUGUCAUUGAAAAUGUAGCAACUGAAAUAUUGUGUAUUUGUGGUUCACUGGAUACCCAUUGUUUAUUUUAUUUCUGUUGUUAGUACCCAGUUUACCAAUACCUAAACAUAGAAAAAUCUGCCUACUCAUUCACCAGAAGCAUUGUGUACAUUUCACAAUCUGCUGUAAGUUUAUCUUUGUGGGUAUACAAGUAUUUCGUUCAGUUCACCAAUUUUAUGACACAUUUUUCAAGGUUGAUCCAGAUUUGUCCUAAAUCAUUUAAUUGAGUAGUCCAACAUUCCAUCUUGAUUAAAUGUCUGCAAUGAAGUAAA